CGCUGCUGAGACGUAUGGGGCUACCACUGGAGCGGCUGCGCCGCCCGCCCGGGUCAGCGUGGUGCGCAUGUGCGGACCCGGCGCCAUUUUGGUGGCCGGGCGCGGAGGUGAUUCUACACUGAGGGGGAACGCGACGGCAAGGGUGGCAGUGGCAGCGUUCGUGUGCUCGGGUCUGAAUCACUGAGGGAGGAGGCGGUGGAGGAAGAGGUGGCAGCGGUGGCGGUGGUCGUAGCGGUGGCGGAGGCGGCGGGUACGAAUCAGCUGCGGGCAGAGACAUGGCCAACAUCGCGGUGCAGCGAAUCAAGCGGGAGUUCAAGGAGGUGCUGAAGAGCGAGGAGACGAGCAAAAAUCAAAUUAAAGUAGAUCUUGUAGAUGAGAAUUUUACAGAAUUAAGAGGAGAAAUAGCAGGACCUCCAGACACACCGUAUGAAGGUGGAAGAUAUCAACUAGAGAUAAAAAUACCAGAAACAUAUCCAUUUAAUCCCCCUAAGGUCCGGUUUAUCACUAAAAUAUGGCACCCUAAUAUUAGUUCCGUCACAGGGGCUAUUUGUUUGGAUAUCCUGAAAGAUCAAUGGGCAGCAGCAAUGACUCUGCGCACGGUAUUGUUGUCAUUGCAAGCACUGUUGGCAGCUGCAGAACCAGAUGACCCCCAAGAUGCAGUAGUAGCGAAUCAGUACAAACAAAAUCCUGAAAUGUUCAAGCAGACAGCUCGACUUUGGGCACACGUGUAUGCUGGAGCACCAGUUUCUAGUCCAGAAUACACCAAAAAAAUAGAAAACCUCUGUGCUAUGGGUUUUGAUAGGAAUGCAGUAAUAGUGGCCUUGUCUUCAAAAUCAUGGGAUGUAGAGACUGCAACAGAACUGCUUCUGAGUAACUGAGGCACAGGAGCUGCCGCCAGCAACGCUCGCCUCUUCCGAGGAGCAUCAACACCUGUUAUUUUUAGGAUUCUGCAUAAAUUUCUUUUAAACUGGCAUUCUUGCCUAAUGAUGUUAUCUAGGCACCAUUGGAGACUGCAAAAAAAAAAUUCCCUGCUCUGUAAAUAAAGCUAAUUAAACGUCUGUGUAAAUUUAAAAAGGGGAAAUACUUUAAUUUUUUUCUUAAUAGUGUAAAAAUUCUCUGAGCUAAGCUAAAACCAUGGGAAAACAUGCUACUUAGUGUUUAGCAGUGUAACAGAGUCUUGAGUUUGCUUCAGGGUUCUGUUGACUGGGAUAACACCCGAGUGUCUGCCCUUCACAUUGUGGUGUACCUCGCAGCUCCCUGCGGUGUGGACACGGAUGCUCUGUGCCUGUGAAUUUACUUGCAUGCUUGUACUUGACUUCUUAGAACGGGUAGCUGAAAAGACCACCCUUAAGCAUUAGGACAUUCUUGAAUUAUGAGAUGUAUCCUGAUUUAAAGAUGGUGACCUAAUCAGAGCUUUUCAUCCCUGUGGACUGAUAGGGGCAUUCCUACUUUUUUCCCUGUCACCAUCCAGAGCGGAGAUUCUCAUGGUCAGUUUCUUUUGUGUUUGGUGGGAAACGUGCUGAGGAACAGUGUCCUUUGUUCCGAUUUUAGCUCAUAGGUUUGGAAUGUUUUGACCAAGUUCUUCACUUUGUAAGUAGUAAUGUAAAAAGGGGCUGCCAAUUUUAUUUCUCUUACAAAAGGAGUAAUACAAAAAUACUUGAUGUUGCAGUGUUUCUAGAUUUAAUAAAAGGACACUGCUUAGUUUUUCAGUAAAUUUGACAUUAGUUUAAAAGAUGAUAAAGUCUUUGGAAACUUGAAGGGUGCAGCACCUGUUCCCUAGUGCCCAGCCCAGCCUGACGUGGGCGUGACAGUUGCUUUGUCAGACACUUGAGUUAGUCUUUUUGCAUUCCCCAUGUUGAUACAUGAAAGCUGUAGUAUCUCACUGUACAUACCAGAUGCACAUAGGAACAGGGGUGUAUCCCAAAUGUAGCCUUCUUUCUUUAUGAUGUUUCUGAUGAUGUGAGAAUUGAAACUUCACCUUCUCUUGUACAUAGACUUCUAUCCUUAGUAACUGUCGCAUCUUAUUCUACGAGCUUGACAGUUUUAGUUUUGCAAACUCAAAUACUUAAUUUAACCAUCUUAAUUAAGGUUCAAGUGAAUUUAUGUAGGCAGUUGUUACAUAAAAGAUAAAACUAAAAAUUUUGAGACCAAUGCAUAAAUUACAGAAAUGUAAUGGAAUCAAGCUGAAUUAAAGUAAGGCUGUAUGUAUAUUGAAAGUCAUAUUCUAAAAGGUUUGUUUUCUUGAAGUGUUGAUUCACCUUAUAGUCAUGAAGUGUUUCAAAAAUACUUUUUGAACCUAUUAACUCAGCAUAACUUCAUUUGACUUAAUAAUCUUGAUACUACAAGCAAUAAAAGAACCAUUAAUAGAACAUUAGCGAUGUGAAGGUUCUUCCAGCCACUUGUAAGGCUUUCAUAGUUAACCGUGACUCGAGGGUCGCUGUUCCUGCACACUAAACUCAAGCUGCUAUGUUCUUCUCCAUGUUUGCGGAUGCACACAUUUCUUGUUGCAGCUACAUCCUUUUAUUGCUGUAGGUUAUUUUAUAAUGAUGCCAAAGGAAACAAGUUUUUCUUUAUUUAUUUUAAAUAGUUAAAACUUUGUACUUUUCUUUAUAUUCUCAGAUAAGAUGAAAAUGUGUGAAGUAAUGGACAGUUUACCUCCACUGAUUAGGAGUUGAUUAGGAGUUUUUAAUGGAGGGUGGUUUGGUAACACUCAUACAGGUAUUGAAAAACAUAAAACACUUUUCUUGGAGUUUCCUCUCUGCCUGUAUUGUCAGGGUAUAUCAUCUGGGUAGAGGAAGAUGACAAGAGCCAGGCAUUACCUACUUUGCCUUGGAGGGCAGCUCUGUUUUAUUUUGUUGUUGGUUUUUGUUUGUUUGUUGGUUUUUUUGCAUAUUGGCUUCAGCUGGCUCCACUCGUACCUAGGAAACAGGAGAUGUAUAUAUAACAUGUAGUUUCAUAGAUUUUACAUGAUUAUGCCAUCAUCUCGUGAUCCUAGCACUUGGGUGUCAGAACCAUGAGCUCAAGACUGUCUGGGUUUCAUAAGCAAGACUGCUUGGGGUUUUUCAUGUUCAUUUAAUGUGAUAAAAGCCCUUCUCUGGGGUUUCCUCACUAUUUUCUUUACACACAGGUGUUUUACAUACAUUUAGGAAGACAAUGCUAAAAAUUUACCCUGAUGGAAAUUGUUUUUAUAAUUCUGCAUUUGACAGUUUAUCAUCUGAACAAGUCCUAGAAAGGUUCUGUUGUGGUCUAGGUGCAGUCGCUCGGUUACUCCCAGGCUCUUGAAAGAGAAAGGCAGGCAGAUUCUGUGAGCCACCUUGUGGGAGGUGUUCAGUCUUAACCCCUGCUCCCGUCAUUUUAGUGAGAUGACCAUUUAAAUCUCAUUUAGAGCAGGAAGAUUCCUCAGUAUUUGUUGAGCCUCUGAUAGGCUUUAACAUAAGCCAGCCUUUUUUCUGAGCCUAUGCCUGACUUUUAGUAUAAAACUUAGAGAGCAUGUUGGGAACUUUGAAUUCAAAAAACAUAAAUGUUUGGAAUCGGGUAUUUUGUCUUUGAAAAGUGUAGCUAACAAAUGAGAUUAAAACAUUUUUUUUUUUGAAACUUUUUAUAUUUCUGAUUGUUGGUGGCAUUUUAACACUAUGCAAAAAACUUAAGUAUCUGCAGAAAGGAAUUGACAGUAGGUUUUGCUCACUGUAGAACUGUGUUAUAUAUUAGUGGCUAAGCUCUUGGACAAGUUUACAGAUGUGGAAAGUGGAGCCCGGUUUAAAAACCUCAUAGAGCUUUUACAACUGCAGGAGAGGCAGAUGUUUUUGUGAUCUAGUGUAGCAGCAACGGCAAUGAAGUUUUGGUGGAAUGAGGGUUUAAGAUGAAUUUGGGAACCGGACAGUGGAGUCAGGUGUAUUCUACAUAGAUGGAGUCAGUGUUUAGCUAGGGAAAGGGAAGGUGUUUGUUAAUAGUUAACUUUAUUUCAUGGACUUUGAUAAAAAUGCUUCUGUAUUAUUUUUUUCUAGUUCCAAGGAGUUGUUUCAAAUUACAUUUUCAUCUUUGAGUACCUGUUUUUAAGUGUGUCCCCAUCAGCCUGUUGGUUGUCGAUGAGGAAUAGCCUUUUCUCAAGCAUGACUUCAGUGUCUACACACUUUGUGACAUACUGAUACACUCUGUUUGCACUGUUGCAGGACAGAGCACAAACCUACCGCAUAAGGUGUGUGCGGAGUGUUGCUGUCUCUCUUACCUAUCUUGCUACUGCUUUCUUAGACUGCUAGAAACUUCGAAGCCUGCAGUCAUCACCAGAAGGUGAUUGUGUUGCCUUUGGCUUGGUUAUUCCCACCACGCUGCUAUCUGUGAUCAGCUGUGGCACAGGUCUGUUUGGUUCUGAGGCAAGUGGAUUUAAUCAUUACACUGUGCUUUUACUGAUCAUGUCUGCUUACUGUUAUCUACUUAUUACAGGCAUCAUAAUAAAAGCUAGACAAUGUCUUUGUGGGAAAAGAGACUUAUUUAAUGUAACUUAAAGACUUUUCCAAUAGAAAAUGAAAUAUUAUUGAAAAUAAUAUCUAUUUUUUAGCUUUCAGCAUUUGAUGGUGCUUUGUCGUGGUGUCUGCUGGAAGUUACUGCCAUUAUAGGGAUUUCAUUAACCUCACUUUGAAAGAACCUUGCUUGUUAGCUUCUUUAGAUCUCUAAACAGUUUGUUAGUGAUGGUAAAUUCUGUAGGAGGGUCUAUUCUGAGCCAUUAACUUCCUGUAAGGGGAAAAUGGGUUGGUUACCAGAAAUACCAUUGAAGCAGGGUGGGCUGAGGGUGGAGGGUUGGGUGUCUGUCUUGAGAAUUAAAAACUACGAAACACUUUUGUAUACAACUGAAUUUUUAAAAAAUAAACACAUUUUUAAAGA